AUGGCCAUCGACAUCAUCAACCAGAUCCACUCGGCCUUCGGGUACGGUUCCUCCAAGGCCGAUGCAAACAAGUUCGAUCGUCUCGUGCAAGCGUUGAAAACAGCCCUUGGGCCGUCAUCGGGCCUCGACUCGGAUGACAUCGACGUCGACUACUUAGCCGCUCUGAUGCGAGACUACAUCUCGUCUGAGGAGGAUUGGGCCAAGUACGCCUUCGCUGAUGCAUCGAGGGGAUACACCAGAAACCUCGUCGAUGACGGCAACGGCAAGAGCAACCUCCUCGUCCUCGUCUGGUCGCCAGGCAAGGGCAGUCCCAUCCAUGACCAUGGCAAUGCCCACUGCCUGAUGAAGAUCCUCAAGGGAGACCUGACCGAGACCCGAUAUGCCUUCCCCGAGAGUGGUGGUGAUCAAGACAAACCCAUGAAGGUUGUGUCUGAAAGAACGCACAAGGAAGAUGACUGCGCCUACAUGGCAGAUGAACUUGGUGUCCAUCGUGUGUGGAACAAGGGCAGCGACUUCGCUGUAUCCCUUCACCUGUACACACCACCUAAUGUCGCCAAGGGGGGUUGCAAUGUCUUCAACCCAGAGACGGGCAAGCGUAGCCACGUGCCCAAAUGUGGCUACUACUCGGCACAUGGUCGUCGCCUGCCGAGUUCGUAA